AUGGCCAUAGAACCGGAGGCCAGGGGGAUCUCCAAAACAGGACAUGUUACCGUUGAUACGCCGCCAGGGUCAGUGGAAGACCAACAGCUGGUCGAAGGAGACGAAGCCGGAAAGUUUCUCCUCAACUACGAUGUGGCUGCGAUUACAGCGGCCGCCACCGAAGAGGACUAUCGGGCGCUCGUGAGAAGUUUUGACCGGCGUUUGCUGCCCCUUCUUUUCGGCACUUAUGCCCUGCAAUGCAUCGACAAGAGCUGCCUCGGCUAUGCUGCGGCCUUCACGUUGGAGAAAGAUUUGGGUCUUGUAGGAAAGCAAUACUCUUGGCUCUCAUCGUUGUUUUAUUUUGGCUACCUGACCUGUGAAUAUCCAACAACGUUGCUAUCCCAGAAGUUUCCCAUCGGUCGCUUCAUCGGGGUUGCCAUAGCGAUAUGGGGGGGAGUCCUGAUCGCCACAGCUGGUGCUACCAAUUUCUCCGGCAUGGCGGUGCUUCGAUUCAUCCUGGGUGGCUUGGAAUCUUUAAUCACGCCAACGUUUGUGCUGAUUAACGGAAUGUACUAUACGAGAAAGGAACAAGUUUUGCGAACUGGCUUUUGGGCUGCCGCCAACGGCUUUGGAUCCAUGGUAGGAGGCAUCAUCGCCUGGGGCAUGGGCCACGUCAAUACAGGUGUCCCAGGGUGGAAGUGGAUAUUUAUCAUCAACGGGCUUAUAACAGUCUUCUGGGGUGUUCUAACGUUCUUUUUCCUUCCUACGUCUCCAAUGGAAGCGAGGUUCUUAAGCGAGACACAGCGAGUCCUUGCGAUUCACCGCAUUCGAUCCAAUAAUACUGGCAUCUUGAACCGUAAAUUCAAGUGGUAUCAGGUUAGGGAGGCGAUUAACCCCUUCAAGGAUCCUCAGGGGCUUUUGCUGUUCCUCAUCAUUUUUUGCAACGAGGUUUUGAAUGGUGGUUUCGGAGCGUUUGGAACGCUCGUGAUAGAGAGCUUUGGCUUUGAUGCCCUGCAGUCUGUGCUCAUCUAUAUCCCACAAGGUUUCAUCAACAUGGUCUGCAUUUUGUUUGGGGGCUGGCUGGCGCAGAAACUGCCCAACGCUCGCAUCUGGGUGUCCAUCGGCAUGCUUGUUCCCACAUUUAUCGGACUGCUGCUGCAGAUUGUGCUUCCGCGAACGAACAUUGGAGGACUGCUAGUCGGCGUAUAUCUCUUUCCGCCGUUCGCCACAUCGCUCUUCAUUCUCCUGUCUCUCCCUGGAGUGAACAGCUCCGGAUACACAAAGCGCAUCACCCUUUCAUCCUUUGCGUUUCUGGGGUAUGCCCUGGGGAACAUUAGCGGGCCAUUUAUGGUCAAAAAAGGCGAGAAGCCGGCCUAUCGCUCUGUCUUUACUGCCGAUAUUAUAUGCAUCGUUUUGCAAGGCAUUCUCCUCUUGCUUCUUCGAUUCCACUACGUUAGACAGAACCGUCGCCGUGAUCUUGCAGCCAAGCAUCAGGAUCAAGAUUCGGCCCAUGAGGAAUUUACCGAUAAAACGGACCUCGAGCUUCCCGAAUUCCGCUAUGUUCUGUGA